AAGAGGCUGCCUCUGCCCAUCACUCUUGCCACUCCAGACUCUGCAGCCAGAGGUGACGAGGAGCAGCAACCAACAGCCACUGACGAUGUCUGAGCUGGAGAAGGCCAUGGUGGCCCUCAUUGAUGUUUUCCAUCAAUAUUCCGGAAGGGAGGGCGACAAGCACAAGCUGAAGAAAUCUGAACUCAAGGAGCUCAUCAACAAUGAGCUUUCCCAUUUUUUAGAGGAAAUCAAAGAGCAGGAGGUUGUCGACAAAGUCAUGGAAACAUUGGACAACGAUGGAGAUGGUGAAUGUGACUUCCAGGAAUUUAUGGCCUUCGUCGCCAUGGUUACCACUGCCUGCCACGAGUUCUUUGAACACGAGUGAACUAAAGAAAGCAGCCAAGCUGUUCCUGUAACAGAGUUGAAGGUCACGAAAGGAAGCAGAGAGCAAGGGCUUGCAGGCUAGUAGGAGCCGAGCUUUCCAGCGCAUUGUAGCUAAUUAGGAAGCUUGAUUUGCUUUGUGAAUGAAAAAUUGAAAAUCUCUUUCCAAGGGCUGUUUUUAAUGGCCCCCAUCAUUAUUUCUGCUAUAUUAGGCAUAUGUGUUAGCUGGCUGGUCCCAGGGACUCCUGGUAAUAAUCAUUUAGGAAAGUCAAUUCUCAGUCAUAAAGCAUGUGCUCUACUGGCUGCUGUGGCUGUGUAGAAUCCUAACCCAGAAAAAACAAACCACCAAAAAUGACCCCGGACAUUUGUAGUUUCCUUGUCUCCACUACAUUUAAAAAUACAAAGCUUUGUCCACCGCCCUUUGAAAAGGCUGCCCUGCCUCAAAUCUGUUCAUCAUCAGUGUAGAUGAAACCCACAGUAGUUAGGUGAUCUGACAGUGCUGCCCCACCUACCUAUAGAGCAUGGUCACGUUUAGAUCCCUUUGCCUACAGUGAGCUGUGAUUACCGAGUAAAUAUUUAAUGCUAACAGUUCUAAAUGGAAAAAUAUGUCUCAUAAACCAACAAAUACUGAUAUUUUAACUCUAAGCAGAACUGAGAAUCAAAAUUCUACAUUCAGUGUAAUUCUUCAGAUAAGAUCACAGUUUGCUGGAUCCGUGGGACCUGUGUGCAGCAGCAGGAGCACGGCCCGGGCUCAGGACCAGAGUUUCAGCUCUGACACUCUGGAGAUCAGUGUACUGCAAGUAAUUUCGUCUCCCUGGCCUCCUCUGUCUGUAAAAUGAUGGGUUCCUAAUGAAGCGCCUGGUCUGUCCGUGGAUGUCGUGCUUCACUCGUUUGUGCUGAGUCAGGGUCUGCUCCCGGCUAUUGGUGAAGUCAGCGUCAGUGGAAACCUGAACUUGUGCUUUUGUACCCACGAAUUCAAAUAAAUCAUUUCAAAUAAUUCAAAUACACAAGUUAUAAAUACUAAAAAUCAC